AUCGUUACCACACACGUGUAAACCCCUAAUCCCCACUCGUGUGAAAACCGGUUCGACCCUGGUCCAGCCUACUGCUCACAUUGGUUCACCUAAUCUUCAACGGCCUAGCGGAUCAUAGCUGGCUCAAACCGCAUAAGAAUUAUCGAACAUAAAAACCCAAAAACCAGUGACGAUCUUCUCUAUGUUACCCCUCUCUCUCCUCAUUUCUUUCCAAUAAAUCUCUUAAAAUUAGCGUCUUUCUUUGUCCUAAGGGGGCGAUAACAGAACCCCUUCUCCCAAAAGUGAUAAAGUUCGGAUCUUUAUAGUCUUUGAGAUUGAAAUCUGCAGGGCGAGAAUUUGAAGUUAUUCUUUACGGGUUCAAAGAUGGCUUCGGUAUCACAAUCUCCCGUUAAUUUUUCUGGGAGUUUGUCCUCUGCAACGUCGGCUUCUGAUCUUCUACGAAGCUCUAUUAACGGUGUUAAUGGUGUACCUCUACAAACAUUAGGCAAAGGGCAUGUGGGCCCGAGGCGAAAGGGUUUAAAUAUAGUUGCAAAAGUAAGGAAAGUAAAGAAACACGAAUACCCGUGGCCCCAGGAUCCGGAUCCCAAUGUGAAGGGUGGAGUUCUUAGUCAUCUUUCCCCUUUUAAGCCUUUGAAGGAAAAACCGAAGCCUGUUACAUUAGAAUUCGAGAAACCGCUUAUGGAUUUACAGAAGAAAAUCAUUGAUGUGCAAAAGAUGGCUAAUGAAACGGGUCUGGAUUUCAGUGAUCAAAUCAUCUCUCUAGAGAACAAAUAUCAGCAGGCUCUUAAAGAUCUCUAUACACAUUUGACUCCAAUACAACGAGUCAAUAUUGCACGACACCCGAACAGACCAACUUUUCUUGAUCAUGUAUUCAACAUUACUGAUAAGUUUGUUGAGCUUCAUGGUGACCGGGCGGGCUAUGAUGAUCCAGCUGUAGUGACGGGAAUUGGAACAAUAGAUGGCAGGCGAUUUAUGUUUAUGGGUCAUCAAAAGGGUAGAAAUACCAAAGAGAAUAUUCAACGGAACUUUGGAAUGCCUACACCACAUGGGUACCGUAAGGCUCUAAGAAUGAUGUACUACGCAGACCACCAUGGAUUCCCUAUUGUCACAUUUAUCGACACUCCAGGCGCGUUUGCUGACCUUAAAUCAGAAGAAUUAGGUCAAGGUGAAGCGAUUGCCCACAAUUUAAGGACUAUGUUCGGUCUGAAAGUACCGAUUGUUUCAAUUGUGAUGGGUGAAGGUGGCUCUGGUGGUGCUUUAGCCAUUGGUUGUGCUAAUAAAUUGCUAAUGCUUGAAAAUGCUGUCUUUUAUGUUGCCAGCCCAGAAGCAUGUGCAGCAAUUCUGUGGAAGACUGCCAAGGCCUCCCCAAAGGCGGCUGAGAAGCUCAAAAUAACAGCUAAUGAGCUUUGCAAGCUACAAAUUGCUGAUGGCAUCAUCCCGGAACCGCUUGGUGGUGCACAUGCAGAUCCACACUGGACAUCGGAACAAAUUAAAAAAGCCAUUCUUGAAUCAAUGGAUGAGCUCCAAACAAUGGGGACCGAAGAAUUAUUAAGACAUAGGAUGCUGAAAUUCCGCAAGAUUGGUGGGUUUCAAGAAGGUUUGCCCGUUGAACCUGAAAAGAAAGUCAACAUGAAAAGAAAAGAAGAACCGAGACCCGGGCUUAUUUCAGACAAAGUGUUGCAGGGUGAAGUAAAUAAAUUAAAAGAGCAAAUUAUGAAAGCAAAAGAAUCAUCUUCUAUCGAUAUGGAUCAAAACGGGCUGAUCGAAAAACUUCAACGAGAGAUUAAUUAUGAAUUUUCUGAAGCAGCUAAAGCGUUGGGGAUCGAAGAAAAGUUAAGUCAAAUGCGCGAGGAGUUUGCAAAAGUGGAGAACGGACAGUUGACUUCCGGUCAAAUCGAGAAUCUUGAACGUUUAAAGAAUGAGUUUAACGAGAAAUUAGAAACCGCUCCUAACUAUGGAAGGCUGAAGUAUAAGCUAAGCUUGUUAAAGGAAAUAACGGAGGCGAAAGUCUUUGCUGAAAAUUACAAAAAGACCCUUCCGUUGAAGGCUAAAGUCAACGAGAAGUUCAAAGAGGUUUUGGAAAAGUCAACCCUGAAGCAGAAAAUCGAGAAUUUGAAAGCUGAAGUUGAAAAAUCCGAUGUGUCUUCAAUUGAAGAAUUCGAUCAAGAUCUUAAAGAGAAAGUUCUAGAAGUUCGGGAAGAAGUUGAAUCCGAGUUCAUUAACGCGCUUGAAUCGUCGGGCGUUCACGUAACUUCAAAGAUCGGUCAAAGUUCGAUGUCGUUGGUCAAGGCUAAAGUCGAUGAACUUAAUGCCGAAAUUAAUCAGAUAAUUCAAGAUGUUAUUGAAUCUACACCGGAUUUGAAGAGCAAAAUUGAGAUGCUGAAACUUGAGGUAGUAAAAGACAAAAAUACCCCUAGUAAGGAAUCAAAGGAAAAGAUUGAGGCUUUGCAGCAGCAAAUUAAGGAGGGUGUUGCUGAUGUCAUGAGUUCUGCAGCGAUUAAAGAAAAAUAUGAACAAUUACAGGCCGAGCUUGCGGAACUUUCGGGUGGUUCUGAUGGAAGUUUGAUCAAGGAACCCAGUUAUGCAUGAUUUAAUAAAACCCGACGAGGCUGCACUGAGUUCUGGAACGUGGAUUAACGAGCUUUAAUUUGAAUUAUCUCAACCAUCAGCGGGGUCAAGUUAACGUAUAUUAUAUUUGCUGAAGAUCUGUGGGGAAAGACCUGGCUGCUUUGAAAGUGUGUUGUUUGAGUUAAGUUUUUUGUUAUUUUUAUCAACUUCUUCUACAUGAAUUUAAUUAAUAUUGUGGUUUAGUUUCCCAAUUGGUAGAUCACAACAGACAAUUCUAUGAGACAACAAACAAUACCAUGUUAUGUAAAUUCUGCUGAUUACCAGGGAAUGCCAAUAAUUUUCUUUCUUGUAUUCUGUUGAAUAUUUGUUGCACGAGGUGUUUGGAUGUGCGUUUUGAAAA